AUGAUGGCCAACGGAACAAUUAAUUUGAAUGACACAUCUAUGAGAUCUAUAUAUUUCGGGUUAUUAAUUGCAUCAUCUGAUCUAAAACUCAGCGAUCUAAUCGAUCAUCUCCAGAAUUACUUUCUUACUAAUGAUACUGAAUGGAUUCGCGCCAAUAUACUUAGGCUCCUUUAUCUCACAUUUACUCAUCCAUCGUACUCCCGCCUAUCCAAAUUUUGCCAAAGUACCUUCAAUACACAAUUCACUCAAAUAUUUAGUUCUUCAGAAUUCCUUAAUCUAGAAGAACAAUUCCUAAUUAACAUAAUUGAACGUAAUGACCUUCAAAUUGACGAAAUCGUAAUUUGGGAGGCCGUUCUUCGGUGGGGAAUUGGAAAAUUGCCAUGUUUGAUUGAAGAUGUAAAAAAAUGGACAAAUAAAGAUUUUAAUAAACUUAGAAAAGUUGUAAAAAAUUUAUUACCGCAUAUUAGAUUUUUUAAUAUUUCAGGGUUAGAUCAUAGAACUAAAAUCCGACCAUUUAAAAAAAUCUUGGGAAAGGAAUUAAGAGAAGAAAUUAAGGAUUUUUUUUUCGCAAGGAUUUCACCAACAAAAUUUCGACAACUUCCACCUCGCUUUAUAGAAAAUUUAAGUAAUGAGAAUCGAAUUCAAAUUAUCAACCAAGCCUCAAAUAAUUCUGACGUUAAUCAUGUAAAUUUUGUUAAUGUUAAUACUACCAACUCCGUAAUUAUCGGAGAAAAAGGAUUCGCCAAGAUUGCAUCGUGGAUUGAUAAAAAACAACCAGUGUAUGCAUAUGCGCCUGCAGAAAUACCUUACGACUUUAGAUUGUUAUAUAGGGGAAGUAGAGAUGGGGUAAUAAACGUGAAGAAGUUUCAUGAACGAUGUGGAAAUCAAGGAGCUACAGUUAUCAUCAUCAAGAUUGCAGAAUCUACGCGAGUUCUUGGUGGAUAUAAUCCUGAAAGUUGGCUGAAUGAAAAUGUGUGGGGUAAACGAAUGUUUAGUUUUAUUUUUUCGAUGGAAAAUGGUCGUAAUGAUGAAAAUAAUGGGAAAGAUGCCGGUAACAAGAUAGAAUUAGAGAAUCAAAGUAAUUCUACCGGGACUAAUAAUUCCUCUAAAUCAAGAAAAGAAGGUCAUGAUAUAAUGGCACGAGUAAAGUUAGCUAAACACGCGAUCUGGAAUUCUAUAAAAAAUCCGGGAUUUAGUUCAGAUCUACAAUGGUUUAGUGGUACUUGUACACCUAAGUCGUAUGAUAAACCUAUUUUUGAAGAUAAAAUAUUUCCUCUUAUCGAUUUUGAAGUGUUCAAGAUUUUGAUUUGGACGAAAGAGACUAUAGCAGGGAUAAUGCCGGAAAGAGGCUUAAAUC